CAUUUUGUGGUAAAGAGGCAGCAAGGUAGCCUGGUCGAGGAGAUAAGGUAGCAUAGUUCUUUUAAGUUAGGGGUUGCUACCCUUUGCGAAAUUUAAGAAAAAAUGGCAUCGGCAUCUCUCCUUAAGUCCUCCCCAGUUCUUGACAAGUCCGAGUGGGUGAAGGGCCAGAGCCUCCGCCAGCCUUCUGUCUCAUAUGUUCGCUGCCACCCCACCUCCCCUUCUGCUCUCAACGUGCGUGCCAGCUCCUAUGCUGAUGAGCUUGUCAAAACUGCGAAAUCCAUUGCAUCACCAGGGCGUGGAAUUUUGGCCAUGGAUGAGUCAAAUGCAACCUGUGGGAAGCGUCUAGCAUCAAUUGGACUAGAGAACACCGAGGCUAACCGCCAAGCUUACCGUACUCUCCUUGUGUCUGCUCCUGGACUUGGACAAUACAUCUCUGGUGCCAUCCUUUUUGAGGAAACUCUCUACCAAUCCACCGUCGAUGGUAAAAAGAUAGUAGACGUGCUGGUUGGGCAAAACAUCAUCCCUGGUAUCAAAGUUGACAAGGGUUUGGUGCCUCUAGCCGGUUCCAACGAUGAAUCAUGGUGCCAAGGUCUUGAUGGCCUUGCUUCCCGCUCUGCUGCUUACUACCAACAGGGAGCUCGUUUCGCCAAAUGGCGUACCGUUGUGAGCAUUCCCAAUGGUCCAUCUGCUCUGGCUGUGAAGGAAGCAGCUUGGGGUCUUGCCCGCUAUGCUGCCAUUUCUCAAGACAACGGAUUGGUCCCAAUUGUGGAGCCAGAAAUCUUGCUUGAUGGUGAUCAUGGAAUUGAGAGGACUUUUGAAGUGGCACAGAAGGUUUGGGCUGAGGUUUUCUUCUACCUCGCCGAAAACAACGUCUUCUUUGAGGGUAUCCUCCUCAAGCCCAGCAUGGUCACUCCAGGAGCUGAGUGCAAGGACAGAGCCACCCCUGCACAAGUUGCCGACUACACCCUCAAGCUCCUCCACAGAAGAAUCCCCCCAGCUGUCCCUGGAAUCAUGUUUUUGUCUGGUGGGCAAUCUGAGGUUGAAGCAACCUUGAACUUGAACGCCAUGAACCAAGGUCCGAACCCAUGGCACGUGUCGUUCUCAUAUGCUAGAGCUCUUCAGAACACUUGCCUGAAGAAGUGGGGUGGCAGACCAGAGAAUGUGAAGGAAGCUCAGGAAGCACUGCUCCUCCGUGCCAAGAACAACUCCCUUGCACAGCUAGGCAAAUACACCGGUGACGGAGAGUCAGAAGAGGCAAAGAAAGAAUUGUUCGUCAAGGGCUAUGUGUACUAAGCAGUACUAGUUUGUCUCUGUGUGUGUGUGUGAAAGAGAGAAAGCUAUAGAUGGAUAUGAGAAGAAGAUGAUGGAAAACAAUAUUGAAAACUUGUAAUGCUUUUUUUUAUAACCAUGGAGACUAUUUUUGUUGAUGAUGAUUACAUGUACUUUGUAGCAACUUGAUAAACUUCUUGGUAAUGAGUUAGUUUGGUGUGUACUGUUAGAAA